AUGUACACACAGCGACCGUGGACGAUUCGACAAUAUGCCGGUUUCUCGACUGUAGAGGAAUCUAACGCAUUCUACAAAGAAAACAUCAAAGCCGGUCAACAGGGACUUUCUGUUGCUUUCGAUUUGGCAACUCAUAGAGGCUAUGAUUCCGACAAUCCGCGUGUGUACGGUGAUGUCGGUAUGGCUGGUGUAGCUGUAGAUUCCGUAGAAGACAUGAAACAGCUUUUCGAUGGCAUUGACCUUUCAAAAAUGAGUGUUUCGAUGACUAUGAAUGGAGCUGUUAUCCCCGUUAUGGCCAUGUACAUCGUCGCUGCUGAGGAAGCCGGAGUUGAUCGCAAACAGCUGGCUGGAACCAUUCAAAAUGACAUUCUGAAAGAGUUCAUGGUCCGAAACACCUAUAUCUAUCCACCAGAGCCAUCGAUGCGUAUUAUUGGUGACAUUUUCUCCUAUGCCAGCAAAGAAAUGCCAAAAUGGAACAGCAUCUCGAUUUCUGGAUACCACAUGCAGGAGGCUGGAGCUGAUGCAGUUCUGGAAAUGGCUUUCACCAUUGCUGACGGUAUUCAAUAUUGCCAGACCGGUAUCGAUGCAGGAUUGAGCAUUGACCAAUUCGCACCUCGACUCAGCUUCUUCUGGGGUAUCAGCAUGAACUUCUACAUGAACCCUAAAUCAUUUAUGCUCCGUACUCACUCACAGACUAGUGGAUGGUCCCUAACAGAACAGGAUCCUUACAACAACAUCAUUCGAACCACAAUCGAAGCCAUGGCCUCCGUAUUUGGUGGAACCCAAUCGCUUCAUACCAACUCGUUCGAUGAAGCUCUUGGUCUGCCAACGAAAUUCUCUGCCCGUAUUGCUAGAAACACCCAGAUUAUCAUUCAGGAAGAGAGCGGUAUCUGCAGAGUUGCUGACCCAUGGGGUGGUUCGUACAUGAUGGAAUCGUUGACGGACGAGAUCUACGAGAAGGCGAGAAAGGUAUGCUAGGU